UAGAUCUUCGCGAGACGUUGCUGGAUGUGUACGGAACCUGCGCGGACGCUCAUUGAACUAUCGCUUUCUUUCUGGAUUGUUAUACAUUUCUGAUGUUUCUCAAUUGCUCCCCGAUGCAGAGAAAUGGGUAAACUUAAUUCCAAACAUGCUGCUAUUUGUAAAGCGAGGGAGAGCCCUGAAGGCGAUAGUUAUGUAGUUAACGCAUGUUUGGCGAGGAAAGGACUGGAUGAUUGGAUGGUUAAACAGAAGUAUUACUGCUCGAGUUCUCGCGUAGAUCAACAGGACUGCCAGCAGAAAAAUACCUGCGGACUCUCUCCACGGGACCCAUUGGAUGAAGGUUAUGGUGAGGGUAUCCGUGGUGACCACUUUCGUUUAGAAGUGGCCCUUCCCCCUGAGAAGACUGACAGCUGCAGUGUGGGAGAAAGAAUGCAGGACACUGAGGGGUCUGCCCCCGUUGGACAACACAAACGACUACAGUUCGAGGAGUUGGAGUGUGCUGUAUCAGUAGAGGAAGAUAACAGGCAGGAGUGGACUUUCACCCUUUAUGACUUCGAUAACAAUGGCAAGGUCACGCGAGAGGACAUCACCAGUUUACUGCACACUAUAUAUGAGGUGGUGGAUGAUUCAGUGAAUCACUCUCCCAGUAGCAGUAAGGCCCUCAAAGUAAAACUCUCCGUCGCCCCAGACUCCAGCCAGAGAUUGAGGAAGUGCACUCGAACCAACACAGAAACUCCCCACACCAGACAUAAGGGGGAAAAGUGCAUUGGGGACUUCAAGACCUCAGAGAAAAAGUCAAGAGCUUUUCUCAGGCGUUACCAUGGCGACCACCACACCCAGCAGGGCUGCCAGCGGCAUUGUGUAGAUGAAAACUUGGAGAGGAGAAACCAUUAUCUUGACCUGGCUGGUAUUGAAAACUACACAUCCCGCUUUGGAACAGCAGCUCCUGCUACAGAGCCAACGAAACCGAACAAUGCCACCCGCUCAUCCAAUCAAACACGCUCUCGAUCUCACGAACUCGAUAACGGCCACGCCUACCCCGCUCACCAUCGUCGUUCACGUACCAUCUCCACAGAGAAUCCUGCCCUCCUUACCCGGCACACACACGCACUCCGUUCCCCCAAAACACACCAUACCCCGCCCACUCAGGCCUCCAUUGGUCGGGUGAUGAAAAGAGGAGUACACCCUCCAUCUGCAGUGCCCAACCAGACCCCACCACACCAAAGCUCAGGACCAUACCGACGACACAAACAGAGGCCUAAAGAAGGGGUCCACUAUCGGGCUCUGGGCUCGACCGUGACAUCCGGGCCAGUAGUUGAGAAAGAACAUGUGAAGGAGCUGCCCAGUCUGGUGCUGUAUGAAGGAGGACUUGCUCAGGUGGUUCAGCGGCACGAGCAUCAUCAUCAUCAUGAACAUCAUCAUCACUACCAUCAUUUCUAUCAGUCCUGAAGAUGUUCUGUCAAACAGAGUCAAAUGGACAAGUACUUACAGGACAUUGUGUAGAUACGAGGAAACACAUGGACUGGCCAACUUAUGGCUGAGAAGGACAAAAGCCAUGUUCAUGCUAUAGUGACAGACAUUUUGUGUUGGUAUGUGUGUGCAUCUGUGUAUGUAAAUGUGUGUGUGUGUGUGUACAGAUAGUGUGGGCAGGUUGUCUGUAAGUUAGAGUGUGUGUUAAUGUAUUCAGUCCUGUCUUUGAGAACAGGGGCUUUGGACAGAUUUAUGAACUAAGUAAGGGCUUUAUCUCUCUCUGCCAAACUUGUUAUCUAUCUUUCUGCAUCUCCCUAUCUCAGUUCUGUUCUGAACAUCUGUAUGACUGGCUCAAUGCCCACAGAGGUUGAAAUGGUGGUCAUUCAUGUUAAAUGAAGAACUUUGAGUUAUCAAACCACUUUUGAAGGAAUACAAUUACUUGGUUUGGUAAUUUUUACAAAAAGUCUAUGUGUGUGUGUGUUUGAGAAUUAAUGUGUGCAUUUUUGUGUGCCUAAGGUGUUUUUUUAUUCUUAUCCUGUUUGUUUUUUUACACUGAAGACCACUUGAAAAGCACUUCUUGUGCCAUUGCAUUUGAGACACUUUACCUUUGAAGACGAACUUCUCACCGAAAGAACAGAUCUGAAUCAACACCUUUACAUGCAAUACAGGACACAUGUACAGACAGUCAGACUUGUCAAAGGAAAGUACUACAACUGCAAUCUGCCAGACUACAUGAAGAAAACAGAGCAUCAUAAUCAGCUGCUACCUCUAGUAUUAUAAUGAUUAUCUGUAUUAUUAACAUAAUUUUUAUCAUUCAGAUUGUUUUGUUUGUUUGUUUAUUCUAAUAUGCCACCAAUCUGCAGUUAUAUUGUGAUAUAUGUUGUCAAGAUGUACUGGAUUUAAAUCUAUUGUAAGUUUUAUUACUGAUAUAUUUUUAUUCAUUAAUUUUUUCUGUCCCCUUAACUGUAAGCUAAUUGCAUUGUAAGACCACUAGGUAUCUAGUUUACAGUAUAUUGUAAUUAUGUGUAUCAUACAAUAUGAGAUCUUAAAAUAAUAUUUUGUUGAUCGUAGUAUAAUGUUCUGAAGCUUGUUAAAAAUAUUUAUUUAAAAAAACAUAUUUCUGUCAGGUUUAUGGCAAGUCAAAAUGGGUCUAAUCAAAUGUUUGAAAAACCUAUUGAAUCUAAUUUAUAUUUAUAUUGUAUGACACAAUAUUAUACCUUAUAUUGCAUCUUCUGCUUGUUUUCCCCUGUUUUCAGUUCAGUAAGUCAUAAUCACAAUUCUCAUAUUCUGGCCUUUGUAGAGUAAAAAAGAAUUAGUGCUGCCAGGGAAAGAUAGUAUUAUCUUUUCUCAUUAGUUGAUAAGAGAAGAAAAAUAGUAUCUGAUUUGAAGGGAGCGGUCAAGCACUAUAAGGCCUUUUUGAUGAAAUUAUUUCGUAAUUCAAAUUCUUUCAGAAAUCUUAUGAAUCCAAGAAAUUGUUCUUCUAUGAAUUAGGACACUGUAGAACCAGGGGUUGGCAACCCAUGGCACACAUGCCAGCAUUGGCACACGGAGGGGUAAUCACUGGCAUGUCAGCAACGGCGAGAGAGGAGUAGACUAUUUUAUUUAUAUUAGUUCCACACCGGCAUUCCAAGCUACAUCCUGAUGUAAUCCUUUCUCAUGAUCAUGCAGCGUGUUUUCAUGAGCUGAAUGGGAGGCUAAACAAAAAGUAAAAAUGUGACAAUGCUGCAAUAUAGGCCUACCCAACAGACUUGUGCAGCGCGUGCAAGCCAUUCGCUCAUCACGAGCCGGCAUGAGUGUCGGGUGUUGGCACAGCCAUUGACCAGCAAAAGAAAACAUGACACUCCAUAUCAAAAAGUGUCCCCUGCAGUAGACAGUUUGGCAAAAAUAAGAAUUGUAGCAAAAAAACAAGUCUGGUUAUUUGGAGUUCAUGUAUUUCCUGUGGCAGUUUUGAAAGCAUUUCAAUUUUACAUUAUGAAUCUAUUUCAGCUUUGAUGGAAUCCAAGUCACCUACAGGGAGUUUGUGUGUGUGUGUGUGUGGGCAGCUGUCUCAUUCCUUAGGUGCUGGGGAUGACAUUAUCACCGCCUAAGAGUCUCCAGUCCUUACAUAACUCACCAGUACCCCACUGUCAGAGAGUUAAUAAUUGUGCAUGUGAAACUAGCACUAUGGAAGGUUAUGAGACAGAGAAGUCUGCUUUCAUACUCAGGUGGUGACCAGGUGUGUGUUGAAGCUCUCACCAGGUGUUUAAAUACUGUAUAAGGUAUGAUAGAUGUUUUACAUUUUGUCUGCAUCCCUUUCACAGAAACAUUCAUGUGAAUAUUAAAAGUUGAAUUUGUUCAAUCUAGUAGCAGUCUGACAUUACACUUUGCUAAAAUGCAUACGUUUUUGGCCCCAGUAGGAAUUGCAGUCAUAAAAUAUCAAACACAAGACAAUGCAUUAGAACUGUUAAAAUAUGGUGAUAAUUAGGAUUGGUUAGAAGCUGUUAAACCUUCCUGAUAUCUAUAGAGUGAGAACAGAUGACUGCUCUGCUAAGGACUCACUAAACAACACUUUAGUCUAGACAACCAACCUGCAACUUCAGGGUGGUCCCAUCGCAUCUAGUAAGUUAGUGACACUUGACCUUCUCUCAGUCUCGCCAUUGCUGUGGAAUAAAUGUACGGUAUGAAAUUUACCACACCCCGCUCCACCCGUCCUUCUCAUUUUCUCCAUACUCUCUUGACAGCACAAGGUGUUUUGUACUUCUACCAUUUUAAAUGUGCACAUAUGAGCGGACAUCAAUUAUUGUGACCGUUUUCUGAUAAGGCACCUAAAUACUAAAUAUCUGCUGAAAAAAAAACAUGAAAAGGUAGACAUAAAUCCAUAAACAGUAGUGUUUGACUCAUUAAUAUUCUGCAGUAUUUUCCAGAUUCCUCUCUAUCUUUAUUCAACAUCAUUGAUGUUGUCUGUCUGGUUGAAUCAGUUGUGGCCUGAUAAAAAUACGAACAUGAUAUGGACUGACAUGGUGAUAUCAGUAUGUUUUGAUUCUGUGCUAUUUAUCUGGAUGAUCAGCUAUUUUGUAUAGCACCCUUUGUACCAAUAACAUUUCAUUAUUUCUAAUGUGCUUUUGUUAGAUUGGUUGAACGUGUUGGAGAACACACUGUCAGACUAAAUGAAAGGUGCUGGUACAUAAAGAACACUGGUAGCAUUUCAUGCCACACUCAAAUACUAGGCUACAGAUAAUUUGUGACUUUUCUUAAUUUUUCAUGCUUUUUGUUUAGUUUUUAUAGAUGUAUCAAAAUAAUUGCUUUAUUUAUUUGAUAGCA